UCCUCUCCCCUCUGCUCCCGGCUCUCCCUGCCCGGGAUCAGCUCCAUCCCAGCCGGAUGCCCAGCGCUCCUGUGCAGCGCUGCUCUGCGGGCUCCGAGCUCCCGCAGCCCCGCCAGCACAGCCUGUGCGUGCCAGGCGCUUCCGACCGGGGCUGUCCUUGGGAAUGCGCUGGAGGAGCGAGACGUGGUUCUCUGGGAACAGCGCUCUGCAGAGGUGCUUCGCUCGGCUCCCCGGUCCUGCCUGUCCCCAGGCCGGCGGGGCGCCGCGGAGCCCCUUGGUACCGUGCGGUAACUGCAUCCCCGCAGCGGCUCUUUGGGAUGCUCGGGCUCCCUGAGUGGUCCUCACGCCCUCCAGGAGCUGAGCAGGCACUUUCACCAGAGUCUGCUUAAUCCCCAGGCAGCUGCUUCACCUUCAAGCCUAUGAACGAUGCUCGGGCAGCAGAGGAAAUGGGCCAGUUUCCAAAACCCUGCACGAUGUCCUGAGCUCCCAGCAGCAGCAAGACCAGCCCUUCCUGAGCGCUGGACCUAAAGGUGAGGGAGGCCAUGGUGUGACCGUGGCUGUCACUGAUGCACGCGGUGCCUGUGGGCCCGGGCAGAGAGCGAGGGAGCCCCCGCCAUGGGCAGCAGCCGCUUCCCCUCCGACGGCUGAGGGCCCCGUGCAUCCGCUCCCUGCGCUUCAGGACCAGGGCUUCGUGGCUGCCGCAGCAUGGUACAAUCCUGCCUGGUGUGUUCCAGAGCUCCUAGCUGCAGUGUGACCAUGCGGGCAGCCGGGACAGCCAUGGACAAGGACAAGGACAAGGACAAGCCCAGUACCCCUGCCAAGAAGCACGUGCGCCUGCAGGAGAGGAGGGGCUCCAACAUGUCGCUGAUGCUGGACAUGAGCCUGCUGGGGAGCGUGGAGCCCAUCCAGCCCGUCUGCACGCCGCGGGACAUCACCCUGCAGUUCCUGAGGACAUCCAGCCACGUGCUGCGGACAGAGGAGCUCCAGCAGCGCACCCAGAGCCUGACACAGCUCCAGGAGGAGUUUGCGAAAAUCCCACCCAACUUUGUGAGUCCGGAGGAGCUGGAGAUCCCUGGCCGUGCCUCCAAGGACAGAUACAAAACCAUCCUCCCCAAUCCUGAGAGCCGGGUCUGCCUCCGGAGGGCAGGGAAGCAGGAGGAAAGCAGCUACAUAAAUGCCAACUACAUCACGGGCUAUGCAGGACGGCCCCGGGAGUACAUUGCCACGCAGGGACCCAUGCUGAACACUGUGAGCGACUUCUGGGAGAUGGUGUGGCAGGAGGAGGUGCCCCUCAUCAUCAAGAUAACCGAGCUCCAGGAGCACAAGGAGAAAUGUGUCCACUACUGGCCCCAGAAGGAGGGCACCUACGGCCCCUUCACCAUCCGUGUGCAGGGGGUGAGCGACUGCGCGGAGUACGUGGUGCGGGAUCUCUCCAUCCAGCUCGAAGGUGAAUGCCGCCAGGUCAAGCACAUCCUCUUCCCUUCCUGGCCGGACCAGCAGACGCCUGGGUCAGCCAAGCCCUUGCUGCACUUGGUGUCCAAGGUGGAGGAGACUCUGCAGGCUGCAGCCAGCCCAGGACCCAUCGUUGUGCACUGCAGCGCAGGCAUCGGGCGGACGGGCUGCUUCAUCGCAACCAGGAUCGGGUGCCAGCAGCUGAAGGACAAGGGGGAGGUGGAUAUCCUGGGAAUCGUGUGCCGUCUCCGCAUGGACAGAGGCGGGAUGAUCCAGACGAGCGAGCAGUACCAGUUCCUCCAUCACACACUGGCUCUCUACGCUUCCCAGCUGCUGGAGGCGGGAUGCUGCUAGCUCCCACCGGAGCAGCAGCAGGAGCAUCCCUCAGGAUGAGCAAACCCGUGGGGACUCUGUGGCCCUGGGGACGAGCAAGGCUCGACAGGUCCACCUGAGGGAUUCCGUGGGUGCUUGAGGUGCCCGUUGCUGCUGGCUCAAGGCAGAUUUCACCUAUGGAAAAAGGCUUUGGCUUUCGAAAGGAGCAACGGGAGCCUCCCCAAGCAGUGCAGAGGAGCUGAAGCCGGAUGAGCACUGGGAGCACUGUUUGCCUUUUAGCUCCAUGGGGAUGCUCUCCCCGUGAGACCCAGAGCUGGCAGAAUCACCCUGCAAAUAACCCGAGCAUCACCUGUGGGCAGUGCUGGGCUUGCUCCAAACACGCACUGCGAUGCUCUUCUUACUAAAGACACCCCUUGAUGAUGUGGCACAAGAGGGCUGCAGUUGGUUGCUUUCAUGACAAGGCUUGCUUUCCUCUCCACCUUCAGCCAACACCUUCUCAACAGCCUUAAAGUAGGGGAGGUUCCUACGUGCAUCUUCAACUCCACAAGUGAUGCAUACCCGAUCGCCUUCUGUUACACAGGGAGGAGGGUUUGAAUGGUUGGGGCUGAAAUCGGAGCAAAAUAUUUGGGUUUUGUGGUUUUUUUUCACUGAUAAAUUCAAUGGGGAGGGGGAAGGAAGAAGAGGAACAUUUUGGCACAAAGCAUAGAGAUGGAACUAGUCUGUAAAACACAUCAAAGCCAUUCAAGCCUGGCCUUCAGCUGAGGGAUGCUGCACACCCUCCGGGGCAACGACUGACAAGGAGCUGGGGGUUGCCUGCACUGCACCUGCCGGUGCCCACGAGCCCUGACGUGACCCACUCAGUGAAUGAGAUGAAGGGAAAAAAGGGUCAAUCUUAUUGCUGAGAGAGCCUGAGCUUGCCCCAAGCAUCCCCAGGUCAGGGCUGUGUGCAUGGACCCCCCUCCACCACACUGUGGGUACCCGAGAUGCACUUGAGUGGCUGCCCAAGUGUGCAAGUG